AUGUGGAGGUGGAAGUUUGCCGAUCGACCAACCGGGCCAUUCGCAACAGGAUCACUGCCAUUCAGUGUCAAGCACGAUGCCCGUGCAGCAUCCACCAGCAGCGGGAGUGGUGGGGAGCACCACCACACCAAGUCACCCGGAGCGCGUCGCUGCCAACCGGGCCCAUUGCUGACGUCCUUGCUGCUCGUCUGGCUGGUGCUCGGGCUUGUCUAUGGAGAGGUAUACCGAACGUGGAUCCACGUGCGACAGUGCGACUGGCCACAACCUGCAGAUCAUUUUGCCACGUUUAAGAAUGUGAGCACACUGCGCGUGAUGGUCGUGACAAGCCCACGGCUUCCAGCUGCGGCGAGAUGGGAUGCCGACCGCUUCUUUUCUGACACAAUCGCCGCUGUCGGUUUGCAUUCACCCGAUGUGAUUCUUCUACUCGGCGAUGUGUUCCAUGAACAUGAAGCACAAGUGUCUGAUGAAGAGUUUGAGGACAAUCACCAGAGAUUGAUGCACGUGCUCAAACGCCAUGGAAAGGCGCAAAUCCUGAUUGUUCCUCGAAGCUCCGAAAUAGACAGCAACCUAGGCUCUCACCCUUCCGAAACCCACCGGCUAGAAUCGCGCUAUGGCGCGCUCAACCGCGCAGUCACGAUCGGACGAGUUACCUUUGUCAUGUUUGACGCUCUUGCCGGAAGAGACACCGAAAGCAGUGCGAGCAGCUUUUUGCACAGGUACGGGCAGAGCAAAUUGGCCGCGAGUCGUCGCGUCGAGCAAAAGCGACGGGAGCUCUUGCAAACCCGGUUGGACAAGCUCUCGCGAAUGGGCACAGACCGCCGAGAAGCCAACUUUCGACCCAAUGACAUGGAGUACGAGACACGGAAUGCAGAGAUCAUCCUCUCGCACCACGCGCUGACGCAACUCGACGCUGGAGCUCAAGCGACCAUUGUUUCUUGGAUUCAACCGGAUCUGGUGCUUGGUGGACAUGCCGACACCGCUGCACUCUUUCGACACAUGGCGGCGACCGUCCCCGGCCAAGGCCAGAUUGUCACGACGGCAUUUAACAGCGCGACGCCGCAGGGAGCCGAUGGAGGCUCCCAAACAAAACACCAGCAGUAUGGCUAUGCCGACUUCCUGCAUGGAAAGCAGGCCAUGAGAGCUGCACACGCGGACUUCUCGCUCGUCGAUACAAAGGAUGUCUUUGUCGUGCCGGAAAUCACAGUCCCGCCGCUUGUGACAGACCGGAGCAUGGCGCGCCCUGGAUUCUCGCUCGUCCAGAUUGAUGUUGCCGACUACGAUGAGAGUGUGCUCGAGUAUGUCUCGCGCGACGCCUCGCCAGAGGAGCUCACAGCGGGCUGGCCCCGUCUGGGUGGGCAACUCCGGCCAAGCCAAAAUUGGCGCUUUACGGCUGUUCACGCAGCGCACACUCUCUGCAUGCUCCCACCGCGACUUCCGUUGCUGCAGCUGUACGCCUUUGCAUUCAUUCCACUGCUGGUGUAUGCUGCGACAGUAUUUGCGCUCGGCUGCGGGCGUGUCGUUCAAUCGCGAAUUUUCAAGCGAGAUUAA